AUUUUGGAUUUUUCUUUUACACGCGGCAUACAGAAAAGAAGGUUAAGUUUCGUGCCGACGUCUGGGUGUUUUAUUAAUUUUUCAUAAAUAAAAAUUAAAACUAAAUGAGCACAAAGUGACACAAUGUUUGUGCUCUACGAAACGCCGGCGGGCUACGCUAUUUUCAAGCUGAUGGAUGAAAAGAAGCUCGAACAGGUCGAUAAUCUGUACCUGGAGUUCGAGACUCCGGAGAAGGCCAACAAAUUGCUGAAAUUGAAGCAUUUUGAGAAAUUCAACGACACCACAGAAGCGCUGGCCGCCGCCACGGCAGCAGUCGAGGGCAAGGUAGCCAAGCCCCUGAAGAAAACGCUGAAAAAGUUGCUAAUCGACGAAGUGCAGGCACCCUUGCUGGUGGCCGAUGCAAAACUGGGCACAGCGAUCAAAGACAAGCUGUCUGUGCAGUGUGUGUACAACACUGGCGUCCAAGAGCUGAUGCGCUGCAUCCGCCAGCAGGCGGACAGUCUACUGGGCGGUCUGCCCAAGAAGGAGAUGACGGCCAUGGCCCUGGGUCUCGCCCACUCUCUGUCACGCUACAAACUUAAGUUUUCGCCCGACAAAAUCGAUACCAUGAUUGUGCAGGCCCAGUGCCUGCUCGAUGAUCUGGACAAGGAGCUGAACAACUAUAUGAUGAGGGCCAGAGAAUGGUACGGCUGGCACUUUCCCGAGCUGGGCAAAAUUAUCACCGACAACAUUGCCUUUGUGAAGACCAUCAAGCUAGUGGGCACCAGGGAUAAUAUGGCGGCCGCCGAUUUGUCGGACAUUCUGCCCGAAGACGUUGAGGAGAAGGUGAAGGAGGCAGCCGAAAUCUCGAUGGGCACUGAGAUCUCCGAGGAGGAUGUCAUGAACAUUCAGUGCUUGUGCGAUGAGAUUAUCUCCAUCAAUGACUAUCGCACGCAUCUGUACGACUACCUCAAGGCACGCAUGAUGGCCAUGGCACCCAAUCUAACAGUGCUGGUCGGAGACACAGUCGGCGCUCGUCUCAUUGCCCAUGCGGGUUCGCUGAUCAAUCUCGCCAAGCAUCCCUCAUCAACAGUACAAAUUCUGGGCGCCGAAAAGGCACUCUUCCGUGCGCUUAAAACGAAGAAGGACACUCCUAAAUACGGUCUUAUCUAUCACGCCCAGCUGGUGGGACAGGCGAGUCAAAAGAAUAAGGGAAAAAUGUCACGUUCGCUGGCGGCCAAAGCAUCGCUGGCCACCCGCGUCGAUGCCUUCGGUGAGGAGGCGACCUUUGAGCUCGGCGCCGCACACAAGGUGAAGCUGGAGGCCCGCUUGCGACUGCUGGAGGAGGGCAAUAUGCGCAAGUUGUCUGGCACGGGCAAAGCCAAGGCAAAGUUUGAGAAAUAUCAAGCCAAGAGCGAGGUGUUCACGUAUCAACCCGAGGCGGAUAACACAUUAAAUGUGAAGAAGCGCAAGCACUCCGUGGCCGAGGAGGAGGAGGAGAGCAGCUCACCAGUCAAGAAGGAGGUCAAGGAGGAGCCAACCGAAGAGGAGGCAGAACUCAAGUCCGAGAAGAAGAAAAAGAAGAAGAAGAAGCAAAAGGAUGAAGAGACAACCGAGGAUGAGCCCAAGACAGAACCCAAGGCAGAGCCCGAGCCCGAAGAAACACCAACUCCAGCCAAGAAAAAGAAAAAGUCCAAGAAGGAGCAGCAGGAAUAGAGAGAGAGGCACUUGAAGGGGGACAUAAUUUUAAGGCUCUUAACUUGUAGCAUUUCAUUAUAUAAUAGGAGGAACCGUAGGAUUCUAUACAAUUAAUCAGCAAAGAGUAAAGUUUAUUUGUUUUAUACAUUAGCAAUAAAAUGUAAUAUUCAUAAAA